CAGGCGUAUAAUGGCAGCCAUCGAUGAGACUUGACUGAAUUGUGUUGUGAAUUAAUAUACCUGUUUUAACUAUUCAUUUUAAAACGUUUAGAAUUAUUUAUAUGCUUUUAUAAAUGGCAUAAAACAAAACAAUGGCUGAAGUAGCAAAUGAGACCGUUAGUCAAGAUCUGCCGCAUGAUAUAUUUAUUUCAUCCAGUGCAUCUUCAUCAAAAACAACAGCUGAGAGCAGUGUGAUUGUAAACAAUGAGCCAGAUGACCCAAACACUUCUUACAUGAACAAUCAAAACUCAAAACAAUCAAAUGCUGGUCAUGGGUUUGAGAAUGGUAUUAUAAUUCAGCCCCCUUUGGAUGAGGAAAUGAAAGAAGAACAAGUGCAAUUGAUCUCUAUGGACACAGUCAUUUGGAAUAAUAUUGAAAAUUCAACUAAACAUAAUGAACUAUCUACCUCCUCUACUAACAGUUCUAUGGAUAGAGAAAAUAUGAGAAUUGAUCAUUUUUCAGAAAGUUCUUCAAAUAAUAGUAGUCCUUUAAAUACUGUUAGUGGUAGCCCUAAAGCAGCCACUAAAUGUGACAAAAGAAAAUUACAAAAAAAAGAAAAAAAAGGGAUAACAUUUCCAAAAGACACAUUUAUUUCAGGCUACUUUGAACCACCAGAUCCAUGGAAAAAUGCACCACCAUGGACUUCUGAUGAACUUGUGAAUGCUUACAAGAAAAGUUGUGAAAUUCAUGGUUCCAAACCCAUCAUCAAAAUCAUUCAACAAUUACAGACAAUCACUCAUUCAAGCAAACGUGAAGAAUUAUUUACUCUAAAGGGAGAGAAACUGGACCACAAACAAUGUGAAAGUUUAGAAGAGAUCUUCAGAAGAGUACAAUACAAAAUUCUCGACUUAGAGGCUACUCAUCUAGAUGAUGAGUGUGCUACAGCAGUUUUUGACAUGAUUGAGUAUUAUGAGUCUGCAUGUCAGCUCAAUAUCUCUUUUAAUAAAAAUAUUCAAGCAAGGGGAUGGCAGGCUUGUUCAAGACUUGUUCGUAGAACACCAACAUUGACAUAUUUAGACAUAAGAAGCUGUGAUCUUAAUGAGAGAACUAUACCAAUUUUUGGACGUGCACUUAAGCUAGGAUGCCAUCUUACAAUUCUUCAUAUGGAAAAUAUGUCUUUAUCUGGGAGACCUCUAGUUAUUUUAGUUGCUGCUCUGAAAAUGAAUGAAAUACUCCAAGAGUUAUUUUUAGCAGAAAAUAAGCUCAUGCCUACUGAUGGAGUCCAGUUGGGUCAUUUGUUACGAUAUAAUCAUAAAUUAAGUUUGCUGGAUCUCCGCAAUAAUCAUCUGCAGGAUGUAGGUACUAGUCAUUUAUGUGAUGGACUUUUGGAACAGAACACGGCUCGGGGUUUACGCACUCUUGUGUUGUGGAAUAAUCAAAUCAAUUAUCAGGCAAUGCCUGCAUUAGGAAGGGCACUGGCAACAAGUGAGUGUAUAGAAACCCUAAAUAUUGGACACAAUGCUAUUACCAAUGAAGGUGUGCAUCUUCUUAAAGAUGGUCUUUUAAAAACAAAUUCCUUGUUGAGACUUGGACUUCAAGGAACUAAAAUAUCGGAUGAAGGUGCUGUUGCCCUUGCAGAAUACAUAGCUGACAGUACAAUUUUACUUCGUAUUGAUUUACGGGAAAAUGAUAUUAAGACUGGAGGCUUGAUGGCACUAUCUCAUGCUAUGAGAGUAAAUACUUCUGUUACUAGAAUUGAUCUGGAUAAAGAUCCUAAAAAAGAAUCAGGUAUGAAAGAUUAUGCUGAGCAGCAGAGUCGACUUCUACGGGACAUUCUUACAUUCCAGCAGCGAAAUGUUCAAACAGCAAUGGAACGAGAAGAACUUGAAAGAAAGAAAUUGGAGGAACGAGCUGAAGCUGCUGCAGCAGCCAGGAAAUCAGCACUGGAAAAUACACAACAGACAACAGAAUCAUCAAAUGAGGCUUUCUCCUUAAUUGAGGAAGAAGAACUCACAGAUAAAGAUGCUGGGCAAGAAAAAUGUAAAAAGGAAGCUGCUAAUUCAAAACUCAAAGAUGUGGGUACUUUAGAGGAGGUUGAUUGGUCUACUGUUGAACCAGAGGCUCCCACCCAAGCUGUGGCUGUUGAUAAAGUUCACAGCCGGCCUAGUCAGCUGUUUCCUUAUAAACAUCUUCGCCCUCAAGAGACAUUGGAUUCACCAUUACCAACAAAUGAUAAUCCAUUAAUAGCAGUGAUAACACCAGCCAAUACAUGCCCACAGACUUCUCCCCAGCUUUACAGAGCAGAAAAGAAUCUUUUGUCCUCUCUAAUCACUGCGUCUCCCCCAGAAAUGAUUCUCAGCCCCCAGUACUUUCCUAAACAAAUUGUUCGUAAAAUUUUCUCAGUCAGUCGUGUCAAUGAAUCACAACUGUCUUCAUCUCCUACACCUUCACAGCCUCUCUCAGGUGGAUUUGACCCUCUGAACAUUUCUUCAGUUCCACUAGUUUCAGCCUCUACGUCUCUGCCACCUAUGUCUUCGCCUAUAAUGGUGGCCCAGUCAAGUUUGAGUUUGGCGCAGCAUUCCAAGUCAUGGCAAGAAACCUCUGUUAGCCCUAGUUCUUCAUUAUUCCAAGACCUAGCAGAUCAGUCUGUAAAACAUCUUGUUUCACCUGAUGGUGAACAAGAAGUAAAGACUGUUUUAGCUAAUGACUCAAAGCCUGUUUACUUUGAUAACUGUGGUGGAAAUACAGACUCUGAUAACUUAGCUGCUAGUAGCAUCUCAGAGAACCUCUCCAAAGACUCUACUGAACUAAAGGAUGAUAAAACAUUAAAUGACUCUGGCUUGGUUCACCCAAAAUAUAGCUGUGAUAGACUAGAAGCAUCUUUAAGCUUAGACCAUUCAGGUGUGGUGGAGAGUGGUAAAAUUAUUGGAGGCCCUGUUCUGCAUACAGAGAGAAAGGAUACACUAGUUGAUUCUGCUUCAGCACCACAACCCACCUCAGAAAAUCAUGAAUCUGUUGGUCAUGCAGAUAUUUCCAAAGGAACAAAUAACCUUGAAUCAUUUCCUAAUGAACCUUCAAAUGGAAGUUCAAGCUUGAUAAAAGCUGGAUUAGAAAAUGGUGAACAUAGUUCAGAGAAGGCACCCAAGACUUUUUUUGACAGCAACAGUGUGUCUACUACUUCUGAUAAUUUUGAGAACUCAUAUGUACCUAGAAACCCCCAGGCAGCUAUUUUACAUCUAGGUGCUGGUGACAUCCUACAGCCUGUAGAGAGCUUGGCAAAAGAGGAGGAUUCGCAACACAUCAACAUAUCAACUGCUGAAGUUCCGUUUGAGAGUCACAAAGCUUUUAGCCAUGAAUUUACCAAUGGUACAUUGUCUUCACGGACAACAGAUGCACAGCUGGAUGAGGUCAAGCUAUCUAACGUGAAUAAUUCAAAUUCCAGUUCAUCCAUGUUAAUUUCAGUUGAUUUAGAUGAUAAACAGUUUUCAUUUUCACCAGAAAAUGAAAAAGAUGGAGACAGUUUUAUUUCUAAAGAAAAAACGGAACUAGAUAGUUUAAACAAAUCCCAAGAUAAUGCUCUUGUAGAAUCAUUUGUUACUAAUGACUCAAUUGAUAACAUCAAUGAUGGAAUCGACAAUGAUAUUGAGAAUGUAGAAAUGAGUCUUGAUGAAGAACCAUGGCUGGCUAUAGGUGCUGAUAAUGAUGGCAGCGGUACAGAUAAAUUAGACCCUUUAUCUAAGCAACCUGAUUUCUUUACAACUCUCUCCAUGAAUGGACUUACACAAGAACUUGCAAGUGCUCUGACUUCUUUGGAUGGAUCUACUGGAUACUAUGAUGAUGACACUGAAUUAGACCUUCGUCCUCCUGAUGAGUUUGAGAGAGAACUUGAUGCUAUGCUUGCUGUAGUACAGGGUGAUCUUCCUUGGCCUUUGAAAGAUUCCUAAAGCUCAGCUCUUAAGGGACUUGGAUGCUGUUUCAUCAAAAAUAUUUUCAAAUCCCUACACAGCCUAGAAUGUUAUUAGAUAGUUCAUCAAAAAUGAAAUAAUUUGUACAUUAAAUGCAGCUUCUGUCUUUGGAAAAACAUUUAUUAAACUGUUGUUGUGAUUUGAUUUUUAGGUUGUGUAACUACUUUUGCAGCUUGUUCUUAUUUCAUGCAACCCUCGCUCACAUAAUUUACAGUUUAGCGUAGCCGUCUUUUAAGUCUUUUACUAAAGCUAGAAAAUUUUUAAUCAUUCAUUAGCAUCAUUCUAAAAUUAUAACAGUAUGGUCUUAGCAUUGGAAAAAAGAUGAAAAAAUUAAAUGUUUAAAAUUUUCUUUCAACUAUUAAGUUAUGCAUUUAUAUUAUUAUAGUUUUAUAUAAUUGUUUCUGUAAGCAAUUUAAACCUUUUAUAAAAGUGGGUUUUUUUUUUUUUGUUUAAAAAAAUAUUUAAUGAGACAUAAACAUUGGGGUAAAAAAAAAAUAUUCUUAAUUACCCAUAUCAUACAGUCAGACAAAUGUUUAAACUCAUUUCAUUCACAAAUCAUCAGAAAACAAUGAUAGGGACUGAUGAUGACUUCGUGAAAGAUUUUAUCUGAAAUGUUAGUUUUUAUUAUUCUCUCCUAGUUUGUAUAUCAAGGAAAUGUUAUAUAUAAACGGCAAACUUUUUCUUAAACAUUUGGUGGUUGAAUGUAGACACUACUAUUGGUAAUAUCAGUUAAUUUAGAUUAUUCUUGAAGGAUUUUAAUAAAAAAAUAUUUACCUAAGAUAUACAGAACAAGAAUUUCUAAACUAAGAUUUUCUGUUCAAGUUGGUUUCCUUGUUCAUAUUUUAACCUUCUUUGAAGUGAACAAAUCAUCAAUUAUUAUGCAUUGCAGUCAGAUUUUAAAGUAAAAAAUACUUAUUGUUUGUAUAGUAGAAUACCACAAACAGUCUUUUAAAUUAGUAGUCGGAGAAGCUCCCCCCUAUAAACAGAAACAUGCUAAUUUGGUUAUUAUGGUUUCAUAUCUUAAGCCUCUUAUACAAACAGAUGACCCUCUGUAGUAACCUUUUUAUUGUUGACGGCUGGUUUUAUAAAUGUUUAUAGCUCACACAGUUCAUUGUUUAUCAUUGCAAGAAAAUUUGCUUUGUAAAAUUCAUGCUUAGAUUUCAGUCUAAUUCUGUCGUGUUCAGUAAUAAUAAAAAAAUUGUCUUUUAGGGAAGUUCGCAAAUUUUUAUAAUGACUUUAUUCACAUGUUCAGUUUCUUGUUCAUUGUUUUAAAUAAUAGCAACUUAAUAUUAAACUGUCCAAAUUGCUAACAGAUAAAUAUUCUUUAAAACCUAUUCCCUUAAUACUUGUAGUUCUGCUCUCAUUUAUUUAUUUUUUUAAAGUUCUUUGAUUAAACUUUUUAAAUUCUCAAUUUGUGAUUUAUAAUGAAGUCAAAAAGUUACACACUUCAAAAAACAAUCAAGUGGAAAGUUUUUCUUGAACGUCCUUGUAGAUUCAUGGUGAUAUUUGGUGAUUGGUAAUUUAUUAUGUUGAUGAGAUUUCAUUAUAUUUUUGAAAACUUAGAUUGAGCAGGGCUUCACUUUUACCUUGAUACAGGUGAAUAACUGAGAUUUGGAGAUUUAACACUGGUAUUGUGCAACAAGCCUUGGUUUGAUUGGUUGUCAGCUAUUUGCUUGUUGUCAAGGUACUGUACAUAGUCUAUUCAAAUGUAAAUAUCGGGCUUUUUUCCCUUGUCUUUCCUUAAACUUCUUAUAUGAUUAAAAAAAAUAAUUGUUCCAUUGCUCCAUAUUUAAAAUGUCCUAUUGCAUCUUCAACAGUGUGAUUAAAUGAUAGAGAUACAAAACUAAGUUUUACAGAAUUUACUGUUGCAUUUUAUUAUCAAAAUUAUAAGUAAGACAUUUAGUAAUAAAUCCAACACAAAAGGUAAACAAGUUAUGCACUUGUUCAGUUGUAAGACAGUCUGAAGUAAAGUAGGUGAUAUUGUUACAGUAUGUAUUGUAACCUCACAAGAAUUCUGAGCUACCAGUACAUAUGUUUUGAUUAUACUUAUCUUCCAUCACUACUCCUUUUCAAUAGUAUUCUUAAAAUGUUUAUUGUGGUAUAUUUCAGUGACCUCUUUUCUUAUAACAAUUGUAGUAAGCGCUUUCUUAAGGGAUUUUUUAAAGUGAUAAACAGUACGCUAGUGUUAAUAUUUCAAACGUUCAAAAUCAUGCUUUUAAAUAUUUGCACAAAGCUGUGUGGUAAUUAGAUAUAUUGCAAUCUUUCUUCAAUGUUUUAGGUAAAUAGAUCAGUUGAUUUCUUAUUUAUAUAAAUCCCAGAGUUGAUUUAGUUUUCAGUAGGUCAGGGGUUAGAAUAUAUAUAUAUA